AUGAGAAAAAAGAUUUGUCCCUCGGCCGGACUUACGGGUUGAAACGGGGUGAAGUUGGGAGGUGGUUUCUUUCGCAAGAUGGCGGCCAGCGGCCUCCGCCGGGCUGCUGCGGCCAACACCUUGGUGAAGCCCAUUUUCAGCCGGGACAUGAACGAGGCCAAGCGGAGGGUGCGCGAGCUCUACCGCGCCUGGUAUCGGGAGGUGCCGAACACUGUGCAUUUAUUCCAGCUAGACAUCUCUGUGAAACAGGGACGGAAUAAAGUCCGAGAAAUGUUUAUGAAGAAUGCCCACGUCAUAGACCCCAGGGUGGUUGAUCUUCUGGUCAUUAAGGGAAAGAUGGAACUGGAAGAAACAAUUAAAGUGUGGAAGCAGCGGACACACAUUAUGCGGUUUUUCCAUGAAACAGAAGCACCAAGGCCGAAGGACUUCCUGUCCAAGUUCUAUGUUGGGCACGACCCGUGAAAUCACUCAAUGGAAAAGUGCAUGUUGGUAUUUAAAUAUUUUAGAGUACAAAUAAACUCAAUAUCUGAUGGUCA